AUGUUUCUACUUUCGCUAUCUGCAAAUGAUGAUACGCUGCCUCAAACCGUGGACUACAUCCGAUAUCCGGAGGCGAGACCACUUCUAGCUGGAAAUGACGACUUGGUUUCAAGCUUUCUUAAAGGAAAGCGGCGUAGUCUCUUUUCCCUGCUUACAUACCUUCGGGAUAAGUUGCCUGAUUUUCGUUCGAAAAAACUGUACUAG